AUGGCGAACGCGGGGCUCUCCACCUUGACGCCGAUCUCGCCGUACGAGGAGCCCUCGCCGCACUCGUCGGCUGUAGAGGACCUGAAAAGAGAAUUAGAUGACCUGAAGCCGUGUCGCUACUCGUGUCACUGCUCUUCGGUGCACUAUGGCAUUCAAGAGAGAGCACAGAGGCAAGCAAUUACGACAAGCAACUACCAAAUGAUCAGCACACUUGGGCUUGCUUUAGCUUAUGGUGCUACUCUGCUCAUCAUGAAUGUCACGGUGGCGAAGGAGGGACCUAAUUUCACACAGUUCUCAAGAAGCAGCAAGCUGUGGCUUAAUGUUUUCCAUUUUGUUUUUACUAACAACUAUGAAUACUUCUGGUCUCUUCUGACUGACACUGAGAAGUGUGCUGAUGGUUUUCAAAAGACUGUCUACAGACGGGAGCAGUUCCACGGCCUUGGCUCUAUGUACUGCCGCGGAGCAGCUGCUGUGAUCCUCACGUACGAUGUAAACAGCCUCCAGAGCCUGACGGAGCUGGAAGACAGAUUCUUGGCACUGACGGACACUGCAAGUGCUGACUGCAUUUUUGCUAUUGUUGGAAAUAAAGUUGACCUCACUGAUGACUGUGCUUUAUCACCCGAAACGGAGGAGGAAAACAGACCCGAAAAGCCCCUUGCCAGUGGUGGCUCUACCAAGGUGCGAAAACAAGUCCGUGCAGAGGAUGCAAUUGCGCUCUAUAAAAAGAUACUGAAAUACAAGAUGCUGGAUGAGAAGGAUGUUCCAGCAGCUGAGAAAAUGUGCUUUGAGACCAGUGCAAAAACAGGAUAUAAGGUGGACUACCUCUUUGAAACCGUCUUUGAGAUGGUAGUACCAAUAAUUGUACGGCAGAAGGCUGAGGGGCCACAGCAAACUGUAGACAUCACUGAUUACAAACCAGCAAAAAGGACAAAAUCUGGUUGCUGUGCCUGAACGACCUAUUUAGGGAAAGGGAGGGACUGUUCUCUGUAGCGAUCUGAAGAGCAAGAAG